AGUGUCAAUGCUGCUAUUACAAAUGCUGUUACUGCUGCUGGACGCUGGAUGCUGGACGCGAAGGACUUCAAUCUUCCUUUUGCUAUCAUCGUCAACGGUGCAUCCUUACCACUCGUCUAUAAGCCUAAGCUCCUUGGUGUGCGUUUAUAUCUGCUUUUCACGUUCGCGGACCAUGCCAGACAGGCCGCCGGUAAAUUGAGCCACUGCACUAAGAUCCUCUAG